AACUUCCUUCCACCAUGGUCGAGGUUUCUUUUCCGGACACUGGAAACAAGACUCAACACGGCGUAAGCUGUCAGUGGCCCUACGAACCCCAACAACACUAGUAACAACGUUUAUAUCUACUGGGAUCCUAACAAGUGUUAACUACCACCAUAAUUACUGACACGUGUGCAUGCUGUGAGAACAAUGCCAAAAGUUGUGUCUGGCAGCGUGGUGGUUUCAGAUGCCAAAGACCAGCAAGAGUAUAGCGAGGAUAAACCUCUCAUAGUCUACUAUUGUCUCUGUGGUCAAAUGGCUCUUAUCCUUGACUGUUCUAUGGAGAAACUUCCGCUGCGGAAGCGUGAUGGAGCUCGAGUCAUCAAUGGAUCUCGCCAUGCACACCGCUUAGUCUGUGACCCUGAUGAAACUGUAUUUGUCAGGAGGUCAGAAGGUGUUGAAAGGCAGUUCAGAAAGAAAUGUAAAAAAUGUGGCCUCCUCUUGUUUUACCAACAUACCCUCACAGCCAACAUUGUCUUUGUUGUUAAGGGUAGUGUGGUGCAGAGUGGAGGGAAGUCCGUAGCACAGCAGGUUGCAGAUAAGCCUAAAGAUCGUAUUCUUAUUACCCGCCAUACCAAGAAUAUGGGCAAAUUCUCAUCAGUUACUGUGUCAACAAUCGAUGAAGAGGAAGACGAAAUUGAGGCACUAUGGUCUGUUGCUGUUCCAGAUGAAGGUCUUGCAGCUCUCCAGUGGUUAGCUCUUCACUGUGGUCCUCCAUCAGCUCUUCCACAUCCUGGCUGCUCACAUCCAACCCCCAUGGACUUCCCCAAAGACAGUGUAUUCCACAACAGGCAUAGGGCCAGCCUCAAACCCUUCAAAAUUCUUGUUGAGGACAUAUUCUGGCCUUACGGACACCACUUUCAUAUUUUUCUACGAGUUAUUUCUUGAAUUCUAUCAUGUUUCUCACCUUCUUUUCCAAAGGGCUGGCACUAGGGACUUUCUUUGGGCCUGUGGUGGCUUAUUUACCAGUCACACAAUAAACAAGCACAAAUAACAAUACAGUGGAACCUCAAAAAUCGAACUUAAUCCAUUCCAGGAGCUAGUUCUAAAUUUGAAAAGUCUGAAAUUCGAAGCAAUAUUUCCCAUAAGAAAUAAUGGAAAUACAAUUAAUCCGUUCCAGAAACCCAAAAAUAUUCACACAAAAAAUACAUUUUAUAGAGAUUAAUUACAGUUUUACAUACAACAAAUACGAUAGUUUUUAAUUAUGUAUAGUAAUACAUAUAAAAUAACAUUUUUACUUACCUUUAUUGAAGAUUGGUGAUGGCAUCUGGAAGAUAGGGAGGAGGAGAGAAGGAGUUGGGGUUAGUGUUUGGAAGGAGAAUCCCCCUCCAUGAGGACUUCAGGUAAAGCCCUCUCUGGGGUUACUUCCCUUCUCUGUCUUUUAAUGCCACUAGGACCAGCUUGAGAGUCACUGGACCCCUGUCUCACAAAAUAACUGUCCACAGUCCUCUGUUUCUGGUGCCUCUUUAACAUUUCUCUAAAAUGGGACAUGGUUCUGUCACUGAACUUUUUGCAAAGAUGGCUUGUUUCAGCUUGCUCAGGGUGGUACUUCUGCACAAACAUUUGGACAUCAUUCCACUUGGCACAAAUCUCCUUAAUCUUUGAAGAAGGCACCUCAUCCACUCACUAAAUUAACACCUUUCGCAACAUCAGCUUCCUUGAUUUGUUCUUUCUUUGACAGGAUAGAACUGAUGGUCGACUUGUUUUUCCCAUACAUCCUGGCAAGCUCAACAAGUCUCACACCACUCUCAUACUUCUGUAUUAUUUCCUUCUUCACAUCUAUGGUGUUUCUCACUUUCUUUACCACAGGGGUACCACUAGCAAGUUUCUUUGGGCCCAUGGUAGCUUAUUUCACAGUCCCACAAGCAUUAAACACAACGAAAUAAUCGUAAAAUGCGUGAAUAAGAGUGCAAGUUAGUGUUCACUCAAGCAUAAACAAAGCUAGACUGCUUGGACAGAGCGGGCAGGCAGACAGGUCCCGUACCCGGCGGUCCGAAAAUAGGGGCGCGUUCGAUAAUAGGGACACAGUUUGUCUGAAAAAAUGGUCCUAUUUUCGAAACGUUUGAUAUAUGAUACGUUCGAUUUUUGAGGUUCCACUGUAGAUUAUUACGAAAUGUUUCAUAUGAAGGCGCAGGGUAAUGUUCACUUGCCAAGAAACACCACCACACUGAUUCAGAAUGCGUGUGUGGGAGACUUUGUGUGCACGUGGCACUCGGACACAUUCAGAAUGACCGACAAAACCCAAGGUGAUCAAAGAAAACAGACAAUAUUUUGACGAAAAAAAUUGAUGAUAACCGAAAAUAACAAAAUCAGAGCCAAACGAAAACCAAGGUUCCAUUGUAUUGUUAUUCAUGUUGGCUUUUUGUUUUUUAGCUCAUACAGUAUAGUAUAUGUAUAAAAGUGUACAAGAUGAGAAGCUUAUAUGUACAGUAGGUCAUACAUGAAGUAAACAGGUAGAUAUAUAUUUACUACAGCAACUGAGCAUAAAAGUUCUGUUGGAUUUGCUCUCAUCAAGAUUCCAGCAUAUUAAGAUUUUUUUUAACAUAACAGCUGUUAUUUUUCUAUAGCUGGACUUGAGUACUGGAAAUGGGAAGUACAAUGCCUGCACUUUAACCCUUUCAGGGUCCAAGGCCAAAAUCUGAAGUGGUGCUCCAGUGUCCAAGAAAUUUUGAAAAAAAAAAAAUUAUUUUUCUUACAGAAUUAAAGAGCAUAUUUUUGUGAAGGUAAUAAGACAAAAAAAAAAUUCUGAUCAGUACUUACCGAGAUACAGUGCCGAGAAGUUUGUCCAAAAUGACGUGGUGGCGGCAACAUCGACGAAUUCCACAUACGCGCAUUACUUUAGUUAGCAGUUUUUGUAGUUUUUUCUUUUCUUUUCCAAUUUUUUUCUUUUCCUACUAACAUUUGGGGCCUGAGAGACCAAUACUGUAUAUAAUGUAUAAAUAUAAUCUC